AAUACGAUACGUCAUAUUUGUCUUUUCAAAUCUUUGUUUUGUACAUGGACCCAAAUUGUAGGCGUGGAACCUGGAUUUGACACGUGUUUAUACCCGACCUCAUUUCCUGGAAGAAACCAAGUAGCAACCAUGCUAUUAGCUCCGGUUUACAGGCAGUUUUAAGUACAGCUAUUGUAUCGAGCGGUAAGCUGAUGUAGUCAUUUUUUUCAGCCUACGGCAGGAUGCCCUCCUGCUGAAAGGCUUGCCGAGACGCAUCUUGAAUGAUUUAACUGUAAUGUGUGCGUUUUUGAAGCGUCAAUAAAUCCAUCCAUUCAAGAUCACUGGGCUGUGAUCUAAACUCCAAACAGGGAUGCCUAAUGCCAGUGCAAGGCCAAAGCACGGCAGGAGGACCCGAAGACGCCGUAGAGAGGACCCCGCCAAGAACGAGCUGGUGUCCAGUUCUCUUGAAAGUGCCCAGCAGUGCCUCUUCAGCCAGGAUUAUGGAACCGCAUUUGUGCACUACCUCCUGGUCCUCAACCUGGCGCCCGAGUUUAAAGACUUUGCCAGGGAGUCCUUCCGGUUCACUCUCUUUAAAUGGGCAGAUGAGCUGGACUCUGUGGGCCGCAUUCAGGACCUGUUCAGCUGCUACGAGCAAGCACUGGAGCUCUUUCCUGCCGACGAGGUCAUCCUAAACAGCAUGGGUGAACACUUAUUCAGAAUGGGCUUUCGAGAUGAAGCAGCGGGCCACUUCUUCAAAGCCCUCAAACUGAAGCCUGAUUACCCGGAAGCCAGGGAGAACUUCUACCGGGUGGCUAACUGGCUAGUGGAGCGCUGGCACUUCCUCAUGCUCAACGACCAUGGGAGGAACCGCAAGUACCAGCAGGCCAUCCAGAAGGCCGUACGCGGCGGCUGCAGCACAGUGCUGGACAUCGGUACUGGAACCGGAAUCCUUGGAAUGUGCGCUAAAAAGGCGGGGGCGGCCGAGGUGUACGCCUGCGAGCUCUCCAAGACCAUGUAUGAGCUGGCCUGCGAGGUGGUGACUGCCAACGGGAUGGACGGCACCAUCAAGAUCCUCCAUAUGAAGUCUCUGGAGAUGGAAGUGCCAAAGGACAUCCCCCACAGAGUGACACUGGUGGUGACGGAGACAGUGGACGCCGGAUUAUUUGGAGAAGGCAUCAUAGAAAGUCUCAUUCAUGCCUGGCACCACCUCCUGCUUCCUCCACAGGAAAAGAAGCAAGACAAGGAAGAACGACCGCUACGUCAAAGCUGGCACAAGACAAAGAAAGAGACGAAAUCCAGGGAUCCCUCUGAGACCGGUCGUGUCAUCCCCGCUGGAGCAACUGUGUUCACCAUGGCAGUGGAGUGCCUUGAGAUCCGCCGCCAUAACAAGCUUUGCGUGUCAGAGGUGGGCGGUCUCUCCAUAACCGAGGCCGAGCAUCUCCGCAGUCCGGUGAGCUGCAGCCCCGAACCGGACGACUCCAUGGAGCCUUACACUACCGAGAGACUCAGCAGACUUCCGGGAGGUUACACAGCCCUCACUGAACCGCUCACCGUCCUCAACAUCGAUUUCAAUGACGUGCAGGAGCUGGAGGGGCUGACCUCCAGGCCGGUGCAGCGGGUCCGCUUGCCUGUGGUGCAACAUGGCGAGCUGGACGCCCUGGCCGUGUGGUUCCAGCUACACCUGGACGAGGACAGUAGUUUGUCCACGGGACCCCAGGAGGACACCUGCUGGGAGCAAGCCAUCUACCCCGAGCACUGUGCCAAGGGUUUCCUCCUAAAGCCUGGAGACGAGCUCAUUGUGGAAGUCUCCUGCAGGGACGCCUACCUGAGGCUCUGUAGCGUUGCCAUACUCAGGGACGGGCAGGAGAUCUGUCUCGGCAAGUAUCCAGAUUCGCGGAACUCCGCAAGCCUUGUUCCGAACCCGGAGUUGGAGCUGUGCAGCGCGCUAGCAUUGUUACAAACUGACCAAAAUCAGCCCAAAGACUUCUGCAUGCUGGAAUGUUCAGAAAUGGCGCUCCUGAACAAUUACGACUACCAUCAAAGCUUUGGCAGUGCCUUGUCCAAGCUCAUGGCCCGGCUCAGGGAUGAAUCCCAAAGUCAGGAGCUGGGAUUUGGCAUUCAACCUGAACCCACAGAGCUUUUCUACGUUCUGGACGUGUCAGAGGGCUUCUCUCUGCUGUCCCUCAUGGCUGCCAGCCAAGGUCAGGUGAAAGCCUUCAGCUCUGUGGAGAAGAUCAAGCAACAGGACGUGCUCAAGAGGCUGGCUCGGGCCAAUAACAUCCCCGAGCAGAGUUUGGAGUUCUGGCUCAGCCACACGGAGGACGAGGAAGGGGUGCUGCAGAGGCCUUCCAGGGAGAAACUGUGGAGCGCCAUCAUGCUGGACUGUGUGGAGACCUGCGGCCUUGUGAGGCAGAAACUGAUGGAGAAGGCAUCUUUGGCCAGAUGUCUACUGGAGCAUGGAGGACGCGUAUUUCCACAGAAGCUGGUGGUGCACGGCAUGCUGGUGGAGUCCGACAUGCUGCUGCUAGAAAGCGCCGUGCAGGGUCACGAGCCAACGCUGGGAUUCAACAUAGCCCCUUUUAUCAACCAGUUUACUGUUCCAGUCCACGUCUUUCUGGAUUUCUCCACAUUGCCGUGUCGUCACCUCAGUGAGUCGGUGGAGCUCUUCGUGCUCAACCUUAUGGACGCUAAUGCUAACUACACCGACAAAGAAGUCCAGGUCCAGGCUAUGGCUCCGGGCCGAAUAACUGCCAUUCCCUUCUGGUACGACAUCUUCUUGGACGAAGACAUCAGCGUCAGCACCCUCAGUCCACACUCUCACUGGAAGCAGGCGGCCGUCGUGCUGCAGCAGCCGCUGGAGGUUCGGGCGGGAGAGCGGGUCCGCCUGGCUGUGAAGCUCCACAACAGCACCAUAUCCAUCAUGGCGGCGGUGGUUUGAUGCUCCAUUCUCACAGUAGAGGUGUUUUUAAGUGGACUGGUCCAUGAUGACAACUUACUUGUGUUUAAUUGUCAGUUUUAUUGUAAAAAAUAAAGUUGUGUAAGGCAUUGGACACAUACUGUAUACAGUAUAUGACUAACAAUAAUUAGUAACAUAUUUACUCAUUUUACACGUCAGCAUCCCUGCAAGUCAGUAACAAACCACAUUAAAUGGCUUAGGGCGGAGUUAGCUGCGAAAUCAAACAUUUAACUAAAAAUGAAAAUAACACAAUGGACACAAAAUGAAUGCUUAUUGCAUACUAUGACACUGUGCACUUAGACAGUUCCGGUCAGAAGUACAUACACUCAUUAUGGGCUCAAAUAUAUCAUAUAGUCACCAAAAUGCUGCAAGCCCUUGACUGCAGCUGGUAGUUUCUCUUUGGCAACAUAAAUAAUACAUAUUUGACAAAUCAUGAAGGAUGCGGACUACCUCUAGAUUCUUCAUCUUCAAAUCAAUCCAGCAUUAAGAUGGCUGAAACGUUAGACACUGUUUAGUGUUCCAACUGCCACACAAACACACAUUAAAAAUCAGGCUAAAAUGAAGCUUCUGGACUGGUUGAGGUAAAACUUGACAAAGGGACAGUUCCAUUGGAGCCUGGACGUAUAACUUGUGUAAAUGAGACAAUUUCAAAAACCACUGAAGAUGUACGUUGUACAUCCUGUCCAACCUGUAAAAAGAACGGUUCGAAUAAAUCAUUGAGGACAAAGAAUUAACAGGACAUGUAUUCCCUUGAUGAGUGUAUACCGUAAAUUCCGGUGUAUAAGCCACUACGUUUUUCUUCAACUUUGAAACCUGCGAUUUAUGUAGCUGUGCGGCUAAUUUAUGGCUACAUUCUAAUCUUGUGACAUCUCCUUUACUUCAGAACUACUACCUUAUUGUUUAUAUUAGGGAUGAGUCGAGAAUCCGUUACGGAUAAGGCAUUUUUGUGCUUCUGUGAUUCAUUGUGCAUUCUGUGAUUGGCCAGUCACACACAGCCACCGCCCCUCCCGAGACAGCCUGUGCAGGGCUGGAGCCACAGAGUUGAUCAGUGCCUCAUUAAGUACACUGUGCAAUUGGCAAGAAGCAAACUGCUCGUGUGCCGUUGCCCACCGCCUCCACUUUCUUGUAGGUUUUCCUGAGCUCUCCUCUAUUUCGGUUUGUAUCCAAAGUUACUUGGUAAACUUGUUUCGUAAAGUACGCGGUGCAUUUGACAAGACGGCGCUGUGCAGGCUCGUGUUGCGUCGGCCGCUUAUGCAACUCAAUUGGGGUAGCAUGACCAUGUUUUCCUUGAAAUGUGUUUUUUGUCUUAUUCAAUGAAGUCAUCAUAAAACAGGCGUGCUACCUACCAUACAAGAAGUUCCAAAAAUACCAGUGUUAAGUGAAAUCCGUGUAGUGGAAGUUGAUUCCCCCGUUUUUUGUUUUUUCGUUCAUGAUAUAUUUUUUCGUUUACAGGAUGUUUUUUUGUUGAUUAUAUAUUAAGGCUGUAAAACCCUUCACCACACACUUUAUACACUUUUCUCAGACAUGAGAACAUAUCUCUGUUGUGCAUACAGAGGGCCUUGAAAGCGUGGAUCACGCCCUGGUCCCUGGGCUGAAUCAGCAGUGCAGUGUUUCCAAAAUAAGCCUGUCUCAUCCAUAUUAAAAACUUGUUCAGGCUUAUAUCCCCCUUCCUCGAUGAUGGCUUUAAAUUUGUUUAUGUAUGUCUCUGCC